AUGGCUUCCACUGUAUCCGUCGCUGCUUCUCAGCAUACAGCUCUAAUCAACCGUCGCCUCUCGUCCUUAUCACACAGCCGGCGCCUCCUGCAAUCGCAGCCGUCCGUCCCGUUCCUACCUUCGCGAUCACGAGCCUCUGUCAUCGCUCCACCUUCCGCCAUCGCCGCUCCUCGCGCGUCGCUCGCCGCAGUCCCACCACCCCAUCCUCGCGUCAGCCUUUUCAGCAAGACCUCCGCGUCCCCGUUACUGCCGUCUCGUGAACCUCUCCCCUCGCGCCGGCCCGCAGAUUCCGUUAGAGCCUCGGCGGCAGCAGGCGCGGCGGCGUUCGGCGAUGGCGCGAGGGCCUUCGACGACACACUGCCGUUUCCUCCUCCCACACGUCAGUAUCCCGCCUUUGCCAAUGCCAAUGCCAGUGCCAGUGCCGUCCCCGGGUUCCGCGCCAUAUUGUUCUACCUGGUGACGCUGAUCAUCGCGACGCCGCUGUUCGUGAUCAUGCUGGUGCUGCAGCCGUUCGUGCUGCUGCUCGACCGCACGAAGCGCCGCGCGCAGCACCUCAUCAACAACGUCUGGGCCAACACCACCACUGCCGUCUUCUACCCCACGGAGGUGGUGGGCGUGGAGAACCUGCCCCCCCCGGACGCGCCGGCAGUGUACGUGGCGAACCACCAGAGCUUCCUGGACAUCUACACGCUCUUCCAGCUGCGCCGGCCGUUCAAGUUCAUCAGCAAGACCAGCAACUUCCUCAUCCCCAUCGUCGGCUGGAGCAUGUUCCUCACCGGUCAUGUGCCCCUCAAACGCAUGGACAAACGCAGCCAGAUGGAGUGUCUGAAGAAGUGUCUGGAGCUGCUGCAGCAGGGCACACCCGUGCUCUUCUUCCCAGAGGGCACCAGAACCAAGGAUGGCAAGCUUUCUGAUUUCAAGAAGGGUGCUUUUUCCAUAGCAGCCAAGGCAGGGGUUCCCGUGGGAGGGGUGGUGCGGGUGGUGGUGCACCCGCCUAUCACAGGCACUGAUGCGGAUAAGCUGUGUGAGCAGUCACGGGCAGUCAUUGCCUCUACUCUGCGCCAGCAUGGGCUGGGCGUGCACUGA